GCGAAAUAGAUGACCGAACGUACAACGAAAAUGAAAUUCAGUAUCUUAACAAUCUAUUAAAGAAAGCUUUCACUUGUAGAGAAGUGGGAGAUAAAAUUGCUGCUGGCUUAUCCGACGAAGAUUUAAAAAAUAUGGCGUUAGCAAUUAUCUUUUACUCAUAUAUUAUUACGCUACAAAUAUUCCUUAAAGUCGAAAUCAUAUCCGUCAAAUUGCGUCAAUUCUGUUACUAA